AUGAGCGCUCUACCAGCCACUUUGUGUACCCUCACCGACCGACAAUUGCUCCGGUGCCGCGAGCAUCUUGAAACAUGGGCCACUCUUGCACCGAAGGACCGCGACGCUUUUGCUCAAACUGUCACGCGCGAAGUUUGGCUCAUGGAGAAUCCCGACUAUAACUGGACAGCCAGCGGGAGACCAGCAUUUAACGCCGACACAACGUAUUAUUGGACACGAAACCGAGUACUCCUGCUAUUGAGCGAGGAAGGCACUAAAGAUCUUCGGCAUGCUGUAGAUCACAGCGAGAGGAAGAACUGGAAGGGUGAGGACGUCUUCAACGCCGAGUGCUGCGACAUCAUCAAGGAAUCCAUCUUCGAGGAGCAUCCCGACCUGCGCGACGACCACCACGGCUGGUUCGGCCUAUACCGACACUUCAAGGCCAAGGUUUACCGCAAGCUUACAGCCGCACAGAAGGAUUUCUUUGAGAAGAGGGCGGAGGACUGGAAUAAGAGGGGGGUUAGUACUGAGCAGAAGGAGAAGAAUGCCAAAAACAACUUGACGAAAUGGUGUAAGGGUAUGACGCAUAAAGGUGUGGGCGAGUUUGGGCGGUACUUUGCGUUCAUAGUGCUGCCAGAGCCCGGCGUCGAUGGCGAACCAGAGAUAAUAGAUUUCUUUCAAGAGCUGGGUUAUGCGAAGGAACCAUUGAGGGACUGGGUGAACUGGGAUUCGCUGCUGGCGCGUUUGAAAGAGUACGUUCAUAAGGCACACACCGAGAUUCAGGGUGAGCAAGCGCAGGCACCAGAAGAGUUUGUGAGCUUGGAGACGACUCAGGCGUCGAAGAAGAAGCCCAAGGGCAGCAGCCCGUCGGGAAUACCGCUGGAAGUAGACUUGGAACGCCAAUGCAUAGUUCUGCCUGUAGAACUUUGGAAAACCAAUCCCGGUGUCAUACAUCGCCAUGAAGAAGCUCUACUGAAGGAGAUACUUCAAAAGGCAUUUGCAUUGGCGAAGAACUCCAAUACACCUACGCGCGUGCCGUGGACCGAGAUCGGGAAGGCUCCGCAAGACUUCUUUCCAGAGGAGCUGUCUCCUCCCGACCAUAUCGUCUGGAAGUUUGCCGGCGACAUGUCCGUUGCGCACCGAAUUCAGCUACUAGAGCAAUGGUUUGAGGUUGGAUGGGUGCGAGUGAAUAUGGUAAAACGCGGGAAGGCCCGCGUUCCAUCAAGGAUCGCCACCGCAGCCCCGAAUGCGUCGGGAGCGUCGGGCGCGUCGGGACCGGGAGCUCUGACAUCCGAGCUGGCAGCAAGCUGUGGACUCGUGAAUCGCUACGGCAGCCGAGGUCAUACGGUGCUAGGACGCGACCAACUCCUUCCCGACUGUGGUGACGACGACGCCCUUAACAGUUGCGUAUUUGAAGACGACAUUAUUGAUCCCGCGGAGCUGGAGAGGACCGAAGACGAGCAGCACACCCACCUGGCGCCCUGCGUAGUGCCCCACACUUCCGAAGCUCGCGCCCAGUACUGCAUGACCGCAUUACAGCUGGUCCCAGAGGGGCGGGACCGAACGCUCGCAGAAGACUGCGUACGCGGGUUAAUGACGCUUCCCUCUGCAAAGCGCGAUAGCAUCACGGAUGCUCAGAUUGUUAAGCAUGCAAGUACGCUUGUCCCCCCCGCUGCCAUUACUUGGGAUGCAACAUCGCCCUUACUGCCCGAUGCCUCUGUGGUGGGAGUGCGUUCUUGGUUAGCGCUGAAGCCGUACCUGCACAAAGGAUUCUUGGGAUGGUCACAAGGGUGGAAGGUGAUGCUUGCAAUAGUUAUGUUUCUUGUCACCGAAGCAUCCAGAGAGAUAAACCGACAUGAGCUGGCGGAGAGCGAAGCUUGGCGACUCGUCAGUGGGGAACUUUCGGGAGCGUCGGGACUGCUUGAUUUUACGUCGGGAAGGGAGGCUUUAUCGGAUGUCUUCAAUGCUUUCUUGACGGAGCUUGGGAUUCUCAAUCGCAAGGCAUGGCCUGGUGUCGCCCCUUCCUGCCGCUACCGCUUCGCGCACAGCCGAAGCGGAUACAUCACUCGGAUAUGUCAGGCCCGCGGAAUGGCCGAUCUCGUACAUCUCGUAUCAUACAUGCCGGAUCUCCCGCUCGAGGAGGACGACAAGGUUCCCGAACGCACAUUCGGCAGCUGGGAAUGGGGACGAUGCGGCUUGACAGACGAGUACCAUAAUACGCAGGGGAGGUGGGAGGAGCUGGCCGCUCAGUGGACCGACACGGACGUCUUCAUCCGGGACGGCUGUCUAAUAUCUCGGGAAGCGGCGUUGACCUGGCUUCUUCGUAUCGCACUGGCCUGGACCGACUACCUCAAGUUGGACCAGAUGGAUAGAGCACUUCUUCCUGGCCCAAUGCAGGAGAGCGUCAUGAACAUCGAACGGACCCGACAUGCCAUUGCCACGGGCAUCACGAGGCAGAUCCAGUCCCUCAAGCUAGCCUUGCAGGACACUGAGAUCCCCCUACGCCCACAUUACCGCCGAAAAGACUUCAUGCUUCCCGACCGACUACGCGAGGACGUCACCCGAGCAAUCAUGCGCCUCCGCGAAACAGACAAGCCGCAGUCAGAGUUCCAGAGGAGGAUUUGGGCGGCACAGGAGCAGGAGGCCAAUUUCCGGGCUGGUAUACUGCGCAACAUCGAGGCUGCACUUGCCCAUCGGAAGCGUCUCGCACAGGAGCAUCAAAAGCAGGGGCAAUCAGCAUCAGCUGGCCCUCGUCGGCAGGCAAGGACGAAGGUUGGACCCGUACUUCCCGUUUUGCCUCUCACACAAUCACUUCCUCGACGACCGGAUCAGAUACAGCCAUCGAGUCCUCCACCCGAAGAAGCAGCAAUCUCAACGUCAGGCUCGUCCAAAGCCCCACGCCGUUCUCGCAAGUCGAACCCGACGUCCUCAGCGCGUACCAAGACCAGUACAGUUCAAUCCCGAGGGCGGUCGGGACCUUUGAUCGGGAAGUCGCGACAGGUCGGGAAGUCAAAGCAAGUCGGGAUCAGCACCGGGACGCGUCGGGCCAGCCUAGGUAGGCCCAGAAAGGCACGUAAAUCGCGUACUCAAGAUGAAGAAGAGACGUCAGACUCGGAACUCGAGGAGUUCAACAUUCACGAAGACACGGAUGAGGAAGAUGAGCAAGACUCGCAGGAGGAAGACGUGCUACCUGAACCUCCUCGCAAGCCACGCCCCCGUCCCCGCCCCGUGGUUCCUCAGCCAGGGCGUAAGACUACGCCCGUCAACAACGACGCGUCUUUAGGUCCGGUCUCUGGCGAUACAGGAGAGCCAGAUGGCGGGCCUUCUGCCGCGGGCACGGAGAGAAGUUCAGCUUUCGAGGUUCGGACUGUCAAGAGGACCCGCUCACGCGUGGAAGUUCUCCUAGAUUCUCCCAGAAAACGUCGUAACACUAGUGCAGAUUGA